UCUCUGUGUGUGUCUCUGUGUGUCUCUGUGUGUGUGUCUCUGUGUGUCUCUGUGUGUGUAUCUCUCUGGAGUUCUCAAGACCAAGUGAAGGCAUCAUCAUGAUUUUUAAAAGCUUACAGACGCUGCUGACCACCACCACCCUCCUCCUCCUCCUCCUCGUGGUGGUGGCUCAAUGUUCCCGGAAAUCCAACCACCACCACCGCCACCACCACCAGCAUCAUCAUCAGCAGUCAGCGUCAGCGGCGUCCUCAUCAGCAGGCCAGUGGGAGGCCGCCGACGGAGGCCGCCACGUGGGGCCCGACGGCCUCUGGACGGGGCCCGAGUGCCAGGCCGACGUUCCGGACGAGGUCCUCCUCAAGCGCCUUUACCUGCCACACUCCGUACGGGAGUUGUUGGAGAGCGCCAACGAUCUAGAGGCAGCAUCAUCAGCGGCCUCCGCGCCAGCGCUGGACUGCCCUCGGUGGUCUCCCGAACUGCUGAAGAGCUCCUUGCUGCGCGACCGCUCCCUCUCUCCCUGGACCUACCGGAUGAACGAGGACCCCUCCCGGGUCCCCGCGAGACUCCCCGAGGCACAGUGCCUCUGCCCGGGCUGUGUGGACGCCUCCCGGCAGCGCCACGACCUCGCCUGGGCCUCCGUGCCCGUCACGGCCGCCGCCGGCGUCCUCCGCAGGGUGCCGUGCGCCCUGGGGCGCGUCGCCCUCGUGCCCGGCUGGGUGCACGUCGCCGUGGCGUGCACCUGCGCCGCGCCCGCGACGCGCGACGCCGGGCGGACGUUGAGGGGACGUUGA